AGACUAUCCAGGGCAGUAAGAAGAGCUCAGCCCUGAUCAUGAAGAGUGUGGACAGCAACAUGAACAAGAACAAGAAGAAGAAGGGGGAGGACGUCCAAAAGGAGAGCACCAUCAUUCCAUACCACUUCACCAUUUCCACGGGGGAAGAAAACGAUGCCAGUACCUGCAGCAGGGUCUAUGUGAUCAUCAUGGGGCCAAACCACACCCAGACACAGAGGCUGUGGCUGGAACUGCCUGGGGGGAAGAAGUGCUUUGAGUCUGGGUCUCUGGAGUCCUUCGAGGCUCAUGGAGCUGACGUUGGUGAGAUUAAAAAAGUGGAGCUCGGACAUGACGGCGCCACUCCGGAGAGCUGCUGGUUGGUUGAUGAGCUAGCUGUUGCCGUGCCAACCAAAGGGGUUAAAUACAUUUUCCAGUGUAAGUGCUGGUUGGCCAAAGAUCGGGGCGAUGGACUGACUGCCAGGGUGUUCAACGUGUUGGAUGCAGAUAGCAUCACCAUCUCCCAAAAGAUCAUCUAUGAGGUGACGGUGGUGACGGGAGAUGUUCAGAACGCUGGGACAGACACCCAGAUCUACGUGUCUGUGUUUGGGACCAACGGCACCACAGAGGAAGUCCUACUGCAGAAGAACGAGGACAGGUUUGAGCGGGGUCAGGAGGACACGUUCAGCCUGGAGGUCGAUGAUAUUGCUCCCCUGAGGAAGAUGAGGGUCCGUGUUGACGGCUCUGGUAGCCGACCUGACUGGUUCCUGGCUAAGAUCAUCAUGCGUAACCUGACCACAGAGGAGGUGUCAGUGUUCACCUAUGAGGAGUGGCUGUCUAAGACCAAAGGACCCAAGAGGACCAUGAUCUGUGAGAUGGCUGCUGUGGUGGAUGAGGAGGAGAUGGUGGAGAUCACCACCUACAUUAUCCAGGUCAAGACCAGCGACAUUGGAGGGGCAGGCACUGACGCUAACGUGUGGAUCAUUGUGUUUGGAGAGUGCGGUGACACUGGGACCCUGGCGCUGAAAGAGUGCCAGAAAUCCAACAAGUUUGAGCGCAAGCAGACAGAUGUGUUCCGUUUCCCUGACGUGCUCAGCCUCGGGGAGCUCUCUAAGGUUCGGGUGUGGCACGACAACUCAGGGCCUGCUCCAGGAUGGCACAUAGAAUACAUCGAUGUGAAGGAUGAGGCCUUGGACAGGACAUUUCGCUUCCCCUGUGACCGCUGGUUGGCUCAGAACGAGGACGAUGGUCAGAUCAUGAGGGAGUUGUCCUGCGCCAACAACGACAUUUUAGACCUCAACGAGAAGACCAAAUAUGAAAUUAUUACCACCACGGCGGACACAGACGACGCAGAGACCAAAGAGAACGUCUGGAUCGCACUGGAGGGGAAGAGGGGGCGUUCAAAAGAAUUUAUGAUGGAGAACUCAUCAAAGAAAAAGAGGUUCUUGCGGGGAAACAAGGACAAGUUUGAGUUCUCCUCCAAACAGCUUGGGGACAUCGCUGGCAUCUGCCUGGGCCACACCCCCAAGGAUGGGAAGAAGGUGAAAGGUGAGGCGUUCUGGCACGUGAAGGAAGUCGUUGUCAUAGAGAAAGUGCUGGGCAACAGGUUCAUAUUCAUCUGCAAUGCCCUGAUCCCCCUCUCCCCGAAGAGGGACGAGUUUGUGACCAUCGAGUGCACCAAGGCCAUCGAGAGUUUCGCCAGCAAAGCUCGCAGCCUGGUGCCUGUCAAGUACGAGAUCAUCCUCAUCACGGGCGACGAGAAGGGGGCAGGCACCGAUGCCAAUGUCUUCAUCACCAUCUAUGGUUCCAACGGCGACUCUGGCCGCCGGUCGCUACGUCAGAAGUUCCGCAACCUGUUUGAGCGUGGCCAGACGGACCGCUUCCUGCUAGAGAUGUUGGACAUGGGUGAGCUGCUGAGAGUGUGUGUGGAGCAUGACAAUACCCGCCUCAGCCCCGGCUGGCUGCUGGACCGCGUGGAGGUCACCAACACAGCCAACGGUGUCACCACCAUCUUCCUGUGUGGAAAGUGGCUGAACACCAAGAAGGCGGACGGACAGAUCUUCAGGGUCCUCUACCCAAAGUACUAAAGACCUCAUAUUGAGACUUCUCCACUAUAUGAAAACGUAUGUCCUUUGCACAGCAGAGAGGCCUCGCCGUGUGUUGGACUCUACCCAAGCAACUCCGUAAUGAAGAGACACAAACUCUGAAUGGAGUUUGGAUGUGGGCAACGGUUUCAUUUUAAAAAUGUUAUUGCCUCUAUAUAGUCAUGAUCUCAGGAAAGGAAAAUGUUUAUAUAUUUAUUACUGCAUUUCUAGAAUAUCUUAUAGUUUAACUAUUGCAUUACUACUGAAGGCAAGUGGCCUGGCGUUUAUGGCUAAAACACAAUAGGGUCAUAAGGCCAGGUAACAUGAUUGUGCCACCAUUUUAAAAGUACCCAUUAUCAGGAAUGGCAUGUUGCUCAGCUGCUUGGUUGUAAAUUAGGUUUUAUAAGAGAGUAUACUAUUUUGUACUGCUUAUUCCAAAACACUUUUUGUUUUUCAAAACUGCUUUUUAAGAUUG